AAAGUUUAAAUCAAUCAAUCAAUCAAUGAAUGAAUCAAUCAAUUAAUCAAAUGUAAUCAUGAGGACAAUGUGAGUCAGUCAAUCACAAUUUAAUUGCCGUAAUAAUAAUAAUUUUUCCAUGUUUUGACUUAUUGUCAACAUGCAACAUUUCCAGUCCAUCUCAAAGCAGCAAGUUCAUAAACAAAAAUACUAUCGAUGUUCUCUGCCCUUGACUCACAUGGCUGAGCAGUUGCAAUCGAUGCCAGAUAAACAGAUCGGCCACUCCACUUCCGGCACACUUCCUUUUCGUAGCAGUGCUGCAUAGUUUUACUAAUAUUAUUUAGUUUUACUAAUAUUAUUUACCAACAUUUAUUUACCAACAUUAUCAGUACAAAUAGUUACAUGUUGUCAUGGACACCGAGUUGACUUUCUCUUCUCGCCGCUCACCAGUAGUAAGUUUGCACGGCUGCGUGGCGUCCAGCCAACAACUCGCCUCGACCGUGGGACUAGAUGUUCUAAAGCGAGGCGGCAAUGCUGCAGAUGCUGCGGUUGCCAUAGCAGCGGCGCUGGCAGUUACAGAGCCAUGCAGCACUGGUCUUGGCGGGGACGCCUUCUGCCUGUUCUUCAACGGCAACACUGGUGAGAUCAGAGGAAUAAAUGGCAGUGGUCGUACGCCCAGAGAUCACACUUUGGACUUCCUGUUAAGCAGAGGGUACAGCGCUGAGGCCCCUCCUCCAGCGUUUGAUGUUCUGAACGUUACAGUGCCGGGGGCAGCUGCUUGCUGGUGGGAUACGGUUCAGCUCUUUGGUAGCCACAAGCUGUCCUUACAGGAGGUGCUCAAUGGAGCAGUGGAACUGGCUGAGGAGGGGUUUCCUGUUGCUGAAGUGACCGCUCACCUCUGGGCACACUCGUUGGCUGAGCUACGUGAUGCAGGGAGGGACCUCGGGGGAGACCUGCUGAUCCACGGUCAUCCUCCCAAACAUGGACAAGUAUUCAAAAACCCCUUCCUCGCCCAAACUCUUAAGCAGGAGUUUGGGGAGCUUGGAAAAGAAGCAAUCUACCAAGGCAGAGUGGCUCAAGCCACCGUUGACGUUAUCGCCCGACAUGGAGGAGUCAUGACCUUGGAGGACCUCAAAAGUCACCAAAGUGAGUUAGUCACUCCCAUCAGUACAACGUACAAGGGUGUGCGUCUAUGGGAGCCUCCUCCCAACAGUCAAGGCUUGGCUGCCCUGCUGCUGCUCAACAUCCUGGAGAACUUUCCUCUCAAAGACUUAGGUCAUAAUAGUUCAGACUACAUCCAUAUUUUGGCGGAGGCUGUCCGCUUGGCCCAAACAGACGCUUCGCAUUACGUGGGCGACCCGGACCAUGCCGCCGUUCCGGUGAAAGCCCUUUUGAACAAAAGCUGCAGCCGCCAACGGUCAAAGCUCAUCCGCAUGGACAGGUUCAUGGAAGGGGUGGAGCCAGCCCCGAUGACCGGAAGUGACACCGUGUAUUUCUGUGUGGUUGACUGCCAGGGGAAUGCCUGUUCUUUUACCAACAGCACAUAUCACUGCUUUGGAACUGGGCUUGUCCCGAAGGAUUGCGGUUUCUCUCUACAGAAUUGUGGCGCCGGCUUGUCUCUUCAACUUAACCAUGCAAAUUGUGUGGCUGGUGGAAAACGGCCGUUUCAUACCAUAAUACCUGCACUUGUCACGGAUUGUGCAACUGACCCCCAGAAACCCCGCCUCCUUGCCUCCUUGGGAGUGAUGGGUGGUAUGAUGCAACCGCAAGGACAUGUUCAGGUUUUGUUUAACAUGCUGGAGUUUGGGAUGAAUCCACAGCAAGCCCUUGAUUCACCAAGAGUCUUUGUGAAGUAUGACCACAAAGAAAAUCAGUGGUCUGUAAAUCUUGAGGAAGGCAUCAAUCCAGAGGUGGCUGAGGCUCUAAGAAGACGGGGUCAUAAAGUCAACUGGCCAGUCACAGGCCACAAAAGGUCUGAGUUUGGGAGGGGACAGAUCAUCACAGUAGGAGAUUGGUGGAACCCAUCCGUCAAUCACAAAAAUCACCCGACCAAGGUCCUGUGGGCGGGAUCAGACCCCCGAUCAGAUGGAUGUGCUAUGGGAUACUAAACUGAUUUGAUAAAAAGAAGACUGCCAGACGCCUCUCGGUAAACAAUGACCUCAUUCAUUCAACUACUUAAAGGCCUACUGAAAUGAAUUUUUUUUAUUUAAACGGGGAUAGCAGAUCCAUUCUAUGUGUCAUACUUGAUCAUUUCGCGAUAUUGCCAUAUUUUUGCUAAAAGGAUUUAGUAGAGAACAUCGACGAUAAAGUUCGCAACUUUUGGUCGCUGAUAAAAAAAAGCCUUGCCUGUACCGGAAGUAGCGUGACGUCACAGGUUGAAAGGCUCCUCACAUUUCCCCAUUGUUUACACCAGCAGCGAGAGCGAUUCGGACCGAGAAAGCGACGAUUACCCCAUUAAUUUGAGCCAGGAUGAAAGAUUUGUGGAUGAGGAACGUGAGAGUGAAGGACUAGAGUGCAGUGCAGGACGCGUCUUUUUUUGCUCUGACCGUAACUUAGGUACAAGCUGGCUCAUUGGAUUCCACACUCUCUCCUUUUUCUAUUGUGGAUUACGGAUUUGUAUUUUAAACCACCUGGGAUACUAUAUCCUCUUGAAAAUGAGAGUCGAGAACGCGAAAUGGACAUUCACAGUGACUUUUAUCUCCACGACAAUACAUCGGUGAAGCACUUUAGCUACGGAGCUAACGUGAUAGCAUCGUGCUUAACUGCAGAUAGAAGCAAAA